GACCCGAAUCCUUAGUCUGAGUUUGCGCACCUUCGUGGCACACUGACCGAAGACCGACGAAAUGGCGUCUGCAGCUGACUAUAAUUCAUACAGCCAGUCCGGAGCCCAGCAGGGGUACGGCUCCUACGCUGCUCCGCCCUCUCAGAGUUAUGGCCAGACUGCCCAGCCGCAGGGCUAUGGUCAGCCUCAGGGCUAUGGCUCGUACAGCCAGGCUGCAGACUCGGCCUACGCCCAGCCAGGGGCCUCUGCGGGGGCAUACGCCCAGCCCUCCUACGGCUCCUCCUACAGCCAACAGCCCCCAGCCACCGGUGGGUACAGUGCUGCUCCUGCCAGUCAGCAGGGCUACAGUCAGCCCGUCCAGAGCUACAGCUCCGGAGGAUAUGACUCCGCCUCCGCGCCGGCCUCGUCCGCCCCCGCCUCACAGACCCCCUACAGCGGGCAGGCCGGGUACGGCGCCCAGCCCGCCUACCCCGGGUACGGCCAGCAGGCCGCCUCCACCGCACCCCCUAGAGCCCCUGAGCUGAGCCAGGCCCUGGAUGCGGCUGACCCCCAGGCUAACGUGGCCCUCUAUCACCCAGCCUACAGCUGGGGCGGCUACAGCUAUGCCCAGCCCCCUAGCCCCUACCCGCCCUCCAGCUACAGCGCCAGCAGCCAGCCCUCCAGCUAUGAACAAGGCUCAUACUCCCAGCAGCCCCCCGCCAGCUCGUACUCCCAGCCCCAGGGCGGGUACCAGGCUCAGGGGGGAGCGUACCAGGCCCAGCAGGGGGGGUACCAGGCCCAGGGCGCGUAUCAGCAGCAAGCCCUCCCUCCCCAGCAGACUGCGCCACAGCCCCAGGCCCAGCCCACCAGCUACCCGCCGCCCUCCAGCUCCUAUGGCCAGCCCCCCUCCGCCCAGUACAGCCAGCAGGGCGGCGCCGCAGGCAGCUACGGCCAGCAGAACGACUACAAGCCUCCCAGCCAGUACGGUAACUACAGGCAGGACCACUCUAACGGGAUGGGCAGCGGAGGCUACUCCGGCCCCGAGCCGGGCGGAUUCGGGGGCCCGGGCGAAGCUCGCGGCCGGGGCAGGGGCGGUUUCGACCGGGGCGGUUUCGACAGGGGCGGGAUGAUGCGCGGAGGCAUGAGAGGGGGCGUCAGCCGCGGUGGGAUGGGCAUCGCUGGAGACCGAGGUGGCUUCAUUAAGCCCGGUGGACCAGACGGUGAAAUGGGUGCGUUCCCACCAGUCCGUAUGGAGGAGCAGGACGACUCUGAGAACAGCACCAUCUACAUCACCGGCCUGACGGAGAACGCCACGCUGGACGAGAUGGCCGAGUUCUUCAAGCACAGUGGGAUCAUCCGGAUAAACAAGCGCACAGGUCUCCCCGCCAUCAACAUUUACACGGACAAGGACUCCGGGAAGCCCAAAGGAGACGCCACUCUGUCCUACGAGGAGCCGCCCUGCGCCAAAGCCGCUGUCGAGUGGUUCGAUGGGAAGGACUACCAGGGGAAGAAGCUGAAGGUGUCGAUGGCGCGGCGGAAGCCCAUGAUGGGCAUGAUGAGGGGGGGCAUGCCCAUGAGGGACGGCCGCGGCAUGAUGGCGCGCGGAGGCAUGAUGGGGCGCGGGGGGAUGGGGCGCGGCGGGGGAGGAGAUCGUGGUGGAUUCCUGCCCCGGGGCGGCCCCCGCGGGAUGGGCCGGGGGGGGCCGUCAGGAGGAAACAUGCAGCAGAGAGCAGGAGACUGGCAGUGCCCCAACUCGGGCUGUGGGAACCAGAACUUUGCCUGGAGGAUGGAGUGUAACCAGUGCAAGGCCCCCAAACCAGAGGGCUUCGGCCCGCCGCCCUUCCCCCCUCCAGGUGGGGACCGAGGCAGGGGAGGCCCCGGCAUGCGGGGGGGCAGAGGCAUGGACCGAGGCGGGCCGGGCGGGCCCGGAGGCCCCGGCGGGUUUAGGGGCGCUCGGGGGGGCGGAGACCGCGGCGGACCCGGGGGAUUCAGAGGACGCGGCGGGAUGGACCGUGGAGGGUUUGGAGGGCGGGGCCGGGGCGGCCCCCCCAUGGACGACAUGGGCGGGAGAGGGGCCCGCAGGGGCAUGGGCCCCCCAGGGAAGAUGAUGGAGAUCAAGGGCGACCACCGCCAGGAGCGACGAGACCGACCGUACUGAGGACCAGGACCCUCCACAGGAUUUAUUUUAUAAAGUGUUUUAAAACUCCCGUGUGUACGUGAUGGGAUCAUUUCCCAUAGUUUCUGCAUUCAGUCAUCGGUGAUCUUAUUUUUGUUUUGAUUCUGUAUUUUAUUUUUUUAUUCGGUUUUAUUGCUUCGGUUUGGUUUGUUCGGUUGUAGCCGGAGGAUUGAGUGCAUGCUGCGCUGUUCGGUCCUCACCAAUUACAGGAUGUUGUGAAAUGUUUGUCACGAUUUAAUGUUUUUAUUAAUUUUUUUAUUUUAUUCAAAUGUGUUCCCCCAUCCCUCUUGACACCUUUCUGAAUUAAAAAUGAGAACCUGAA